AUGAAUGGCACUACGAAUGGUAGCAUGCUCAACUCAUCUUCGGAAUGUGAAAUCGGCGCAUCGAACGGCUCGCUCUCGUUAAAAUCUUCCCAUAUGAGCCAACAAUGCAUGCAGAAACUUUCUCAAGGGGGACCGUAUGUGCCGCUACAUGAAAGAAUUCAGAAACGAAUCGCAGAUCGCUCUCCAUUCUUUUCACUCGAAUUUUUCCCACCAAAGACCCUGAACGGAGUGGGGAAUUUCUUGACUCGUCUUGAUCGACUUCGGGAGGGCAGUCCAAUGUUCAUCGAUGUCACCUGGCAUUUGGGUUCUGAUCCAGGUAAUCUCAAAAAAGAAACUUCAUCGAUGUCGAUUGCUGCAAGUUGCUUGAACUAUUGUCGUGUUGAUACGAUGUUACACGUUACAUGCGCGCAAUACACACGAGAACAAACGUUGAAGCAUUUGGAAAAGAGUAAAGAGAUGGGACUAAGGAAUAUCCUGGCGUUAAGAGGCGAUCUUCCGAAUCAGAAUGAAAAUAAUACAGUUUAUCAGUUUCGAGCGCUUGAUAUGAUUCGGUGGAUCAAAGAAGAGUAUGAUGAUUAUUUCACUAUUGCUUGUUCAGGAUAUCCAACCGGUCACCCAGAAGCACCAUCUUAUGCGGCAGAUAUUCGCUACCUGAAGUCAAAAGUGGACGCCGGUGCGCAGUUUGUCAUCACUCAGUUAUUCUUUGAUGCUGCUGUCUUUGAGAAAUUUGUCCGCGAUUGUCGAGAAAUCGGCAUAACUGUACCAAUUAUUCCAGGCAUUAUGCCUAUACAGUUGACGAUUCCGGAAUCGAUUCUGACCCAUCUGGAGCCAAUCAAGAACGACGAUGAUGCAGUACGAAGCUUUGGCAUUCAACAUGCGGUUGAAAUGUGUCGUCACAUCCUGAACUCGGGAGCUGCUACUUCAGUCCAUCUGUACACAAUGAACCGAGAAGCCUCAUGUCGUGAAAUUCUUAAAGCUCUUGGCCUAUGGACACAGACACCGUUGCGAAGUCUUCCGUGGAAAUCGUUCGACGGAAAUCAUCCUCUUCGUGCCAAAGAGGACGUUAGACCGAUUUUCUGGUCAACUCGUCCCAAGGCAUACGUUUUCAGAACAAGGGAUUGGGAUCAAUUCCCGAACGGUCGUUGGGGUAAUAGUUCAUCGCCAGCAUUCAAUGACUUGGCUGACUAUUACCUAUUCUACCUGAAAGGUCAACCGACUCGUGACGAUCAACUGCGUAUGUACGGUGCACAGUUGGAGAGUUUCGAAGCAAUCUGCAAAGUUUUCGUCAACUUCAUCACGCAGAAACCAAACGAACAGAAUGUCAAGGUCACUCGUUUACCAUGGAACGAACAAGAUAUAGACGCCGAAACUAGCCUCAUCAAAGACCAGUUAGUAUGGUGUAACGAAAAUGGUAUUCUAACUGUAAAUAGUCAACCUGCGGUUAAUGGUGCGCCAAGUACUGAUCCACAAGUGGGAUGGGGAAAGCCGGGCGGUUAUUGCUAUCAAAAGGGCUACCUCGAGUUCUUCACAAGCCAAAAGAAUGUCGAGAUUCUACGGCGUAUUCUGCCAAACUACCCUCGUCUUAGCUGUACGAUCAUCAACCACAAUGGUUCAAUCGACUGGAGCAAUGCGGAUGCCACAACGCCUAUAGCUAUAACCUGGGGUGUCUUCCCCGGUUGUGAAAUCGCACAACCCACUGUUGUGGAUCCCUUGUCGUUCCGCUACUGGAAGGAUGAGGCCUACGAGGCCUGGAUGAACUGGGCCACUAUAUACCCAGACGACUCUUCAAGUCGCAAACUUUUAACGCGAAUCCACGAUGAAUUUUGUCUAGUCACUUUGGUGGAUAAUGAUUUCCCGAAACCCGUGAUCAUUUUCGAUGUCCUGGCUGAAGUUCUUCGAUUGGCUGGCGAGACCAAUAAAGAUUGA